AUGACGGACACCCAAACUCCUGGUCCUACGGGUCAGGCAACGGAAAGAGACCUUAAUUUGGAAGAAUCACAACACAUUCAUGAUACCGAAACACCUGACAAGGUAGAAUCGGAAGCUUCUUCACAAGGGCCGCAAGACCCAAACGACCCACAGAAUUGGCCUCGAUGGCACAAGAUGACCACCUACCUUACAAUCUGUCUCUUCUCCUUCAUGGCCAACGUCAACGCCUCAAACUUCACCGUCGCGACCAUGGCACUUCGGAAGUACUUCCAUAUCGAUGUGACCCACGCCGUCUACCUAACAGCCUUGAACGUCCUCAUGUUCGGAAUGGGGAACCUGUUUUGGAUCCCUUUGAUGCGCGUUACUGGAAAACGACCAGUCUACCUCCUCGCCAUUCUGGUGCUGAUCUUCUCGAACGUCUGGAGUGCCAGAGCGAAGUCCUACGCCAGUCUUCUGGCUUCUCGCAUCAUCUCUGGAAUUGGAGCCGCGGCAGCUGACGCCACGGUCCCGAGUGCUGUGGCCGAUUUGUUCGAUAUUCGUAGAAGAGGAACGAAGAUGAUGUACUUCCACACUGCUCUCGCCUCUGGAAUAUUUCUUGGUCCGCUGAUUAAUGCUUACGUCGUGCAAGAGCAUGGAUGGCGUUGGUCACCCGCGUGGAUUGCCAUUGCCAGUAGCUUCGUCUUCGUGCUGGCUGUUCUCCUCAUCCACGAGACGCAGUAUGACCAUCUCCGCACACCUGACGAAAGACAGUGGGAGCCACAGAGAAGCUUCUGGUCAUAUCUCAGCUUACACAAAGGAUUCGCCCGUCAUCAGCCCCUACAGAAAGCAUGGCAAGCUCUCAAGGAUAUAUUCGUAAUGGCGAGCUUUCCCCCAAUCAUCUUUGCAUCAAGCCUAGUGGGAAUCUUUGUCGGCUGGACAAUCAUCAUUCAAGUCUCCAUUGCCCAGACGUUCCUCAGCCCGCCCUAUUCCUGGAGUCUGGCCAAAGUAGGCCUCCUGCAUCUCGCAGGCUUAGUCGGCGCCCUCUCAUCCCUCUACUUUGGCGGCAUCAUGAUCGAUUCUCUCGUGAAGAUAUGGGAUCCCAAGGGCCGCGUAAGGACUACCCACCCUUGGAGAAGACUUACCGCACUGAUCCUGCCGUUCACAAUCGCUCCCACUGGCCUCCUCAUCUACGGUAUCUGUCUAGCCGAAGACAAGCACUGGAUUGCACCCGCUGCUGGCUAUGCCAUGCACUCCUUCGGUUUCGUGGCAGUCAGCAAUAUCGUCGUCACGUAUGCGGUUGACUGUUACAAGCCAGUAGCUGGGGAAGCAAUGGUCUUCCUUUUCAUUGCUCGCAAUGUAAUUGCGGUGCUUUGCAGUAUUUAUUGCUUUCCGUGGAUUCAAAGGGAUGGGCUGAAGGCUGUGUUUGGGAUCAUGGCGGGAUUGGAAUGGGGACUCAUGCUCUUUGCUCUUCCGAUAUAUCUUUUUGCGAAGAGGAUUUUGGACUUUACGACGAGGUAUGGGCCGAUGAAGAGGUAUAAGGAGGACGAGGAGCGGAGGAAGAUGGACGUGUUGGGAGUGAGAGAAGGCCGCGGGCUUGUUGGGGUUGUGGAGUAG